GCCGGCGGAGCGUCCGGGGCUCCCCGCCUCCAGCACGCCGGCCCAGGCGGUGCGGUUCGGAGUUCUGAAGACAGGGAGGACACGCCUCUUACAUUCUCGGGUCCCAGAGCCUUGUCCAAUCUGUCGCCGACCGUUUCGCGCCUGUUGGAGAGUCCCACCCCUUCUUCCGGACCGCACCACUCAGAGCCCUGGACGUAGGAAGAUCCGCCUCUUACGGAAGCCGAGGCGGGCUGUCAGAAUCCGGAAGAAAAACAAGCCAGAGAGAGCCUGGCGUUGGAGACCUGCGCCCGAGGGGCUGCACCGGCUCAGGCAAGGAGACGUGGGCCUGCCGGGCCGUCAGGUGGGGUCGAUGGCAUCUGAGAACCAGUGGAAGCCGAACGGAACCAAACGCAAUACACUCAGCAUACAUGUUGUAACAUGGAAUGUGGCCUCAGCAGCUCCCCCUCUAGAUCUGAGUGACCUACUUCACCUCAAUAACCCGAACCAAAAUAAGGACAUAUAUGUCAUUGGUUUGCAGGAAAUGAACUCUGGAAUUAUACGCCUCCUUUCUGACACUGCCUUUGAAGACCCAUGGAGCAGUUUCUUCAUGGAUGUGCUUUCCCCUCUGAGCUUUAUCAAGAUCUCCCAUGUCCGCAUGCAGGGGCUCCUCUUACUGGUCUUUGCCAAGUAUCAGCAUCUGCCCUUCAUCCAGAUCCUCUCUACAAAAUCCACUCCUACUGGCCUCUACGGGUACUGGGGGAAUAAAGGGGGAGUCAACAUCUGCCUGAAACUUUAUGGCUACUAUGUCAGCAUCAUCAAUUGUCACCUGCCUCCCCAUGUAUCCAACAAUGAUCAGCGAUUGGAGCACUUUGACCGGAUCCUGGAGAUGCAGAAUUUUAAGCGAUAUGAUAUCCCCAACAUCCUGGACCAUGACCUCAUUCUCUGGUUUGGAGACAUGAAUUUUCGGAUUGAGGAUUUUGGGUUGCACUUUGUUCGAGAAUCGAUAACCAAUCAGCACUACAGUGACCUGUGGGAGAAGGAUCAGCUCAGCAUUGCCAAGAAACAUGACUCACUGCUCCGGGAGUUCCAGGAGGGCCCCCUGAACUUCCCACCCACCUACAAGUUCGAUAGGAAUUCCAACAACUAUGACACCAGUGAGAAAAAACGCAAGCCUGCAUGGACUGACCGCAUCCUGUGGAGAUUGAAGAGACAGCCCAAGGCUAAGCCCCUCAACCCCAAUUUGCCAGCCCCCUACUUCUCCCUGUCUCUGAAGAGCUACAUUAGCCACAUGAUGUAUGACAUCAGUGACCAUAAGCCUGUCACUGGCACCUUUGACUUGGAGUUCAACCCACUGAUGUCUGUUCCGCUCGUCACCAUGUUGCCUGAGAGCCUGUGGACCAUGGAGAACGACAUGUUGAUCAGCUACUCCUCCACCCCAGACUUCCUCAGUAGCCCCUGGGACUGGAUUGGACUCUACAAGGUGGGGAUGCGCCACAUUAAUGACUACGUGUCCUAUGUCUGGGUUGGGGACAACCAGAUCUCCUUCAGCGACAACCUGAAACAGGUAUACAUCAGUAUCAACAAUAUUCCUGAGACUGAAGAUCAGUUUCUCCUCUGUUACUAUAGCAACAAUCUGAAUUCUGUAGUGGGGAUAAGCAAACCUUUUAAGAUCCCGCUUCGCUUUUUUUUGGAUAACUCACUGAAUGAGGCUAAACCACAGAUCUGAGAUGGAAGUGAGAGAAUCCAGGGCAGAGGCUAGAGUUGGCAGCCAGCUCUGCCUUACCACUGCCAGGAGCACAAGGGCCCAGCCUGGCCUGGCCCUGCCCCUGCAGAAGCAGCCAAGUAUCCUUCACCUCCCAGGGGGAGCUCAACCAGAUUCCUUUGCUCUCUCCAGGCCAGAUCUCUGAAAUUAGCACUUAAAUACAGGUUUUUGUUGCUGAGAUGUGAGUGAAACCAGCUACUUUGUUACAGUGAAGGCUUGGGGACAUCACAUACAAAGAGGACUGUCCAGCCUGCAUCUCAUUUCUUGAUUCCCCCAACACUCCCAGUCCCGCCCAAGCAGCCCUGUCAGGCGCAUGCCCCAUCUGGCAUAGGCUUGCAUUCUUAUCACGCCAUCAUGGGCCUCAGGCUGCCUGGGAGGGGGAGAUUUCACAUUUAUACAGGCUCUGUAGAUGGGGUGGCACAAGCAACACUGAGUUCCAGAAGUCUAGGCAUCUCAUAGUUUGUCCCAUGAGAGAUGAACAGAGUCUCGGAUCCCUGCUUUCAACAGAAGCAGUAUGGCUAAAUGGAUGGAACAGAGUUUCCUUCUGCCAGCACACCCUCCCCCUACCCUCUGCAUGGGAUCUGACCCAGAAGUUCCAGGGGCUGAGCAGAGAGAACUGUAUGGACCCAGAUUUACUUGUGCAGGUGGGCAGGAUUUACCUGCCCUUUUAUCAAGGGUUGCCAUCUGGUAGAGGAAGCCACAGACUUCCAGGGUGAUCCUUGUAGAAUAAGCUCAUCUGCCCCCACCCUUGUCAUGAGUCAUUGGCAGGAAACUGCUCCUGUUUCUGGAUUCCUCUGGGACCUAGAAGUAGGGACAGGCAAAAGGGAGGUUUAGGGAAGAGGAUCAUGACUUCAGGGCCAACUUGGGCUACAUAGUGGGACCCUACCGCAAAAUAAGCCCCCACCAAGAAAAAUAUUUUGGAGGACCUGGCCCUGAGGGUCUCAGAGCAUUCUCCAGGCGCCAUGUGGAAAUAGCCUAUCCCCACUCUUGCCAGUUGCCAUCUUUCAGUGGUGACUCAACAGUCCUUCUCCCAGGAGAAGACACCUAAGGGAGCCUGCUCUGUGACUGUCACAUACAUCCUAUGCUCUGAGACUAAGAGUCAUUGCAGUUGUUUUAUGUUCUAUAUUCCACCCUGGGAGCCUUGUAUAUUAAAAAUUGUCCUCCUCCCCAAGAAAAAAUGUCCCCCUUCUAUCAAGCCAUGGCUGUCUGUGUUUCUUGUCUGUUACAUUAGGGGAUAAUUAGAAA